GGUAAUUCUUUUUUUACAGAGUUACAGUCCAGAACAACGCCACGCGCUACACUUCUAUAUCAAUAUCACUGCUGAAUAGGAGAUAAAAUUAAACCUGGCGCAUUUCUCAUAAAUCCUUAAUUGGGAAAGAAAUUACUAUCAUCACAUCGACAUGCCACCUCCCCUCCCCUCCUCCCAUCGCGGCAUGACCGCAAACCCCGUCCGACCAAGCAGAUACCGACCCGGCAAAGCCAUCGCCGAGGAGCCCUCAUCAUCGGAAGAAGAGGACGAAGAGGAAGCAGAAGCCAAAAAGGAAGCUGAGAGACAGAGACAGCAGGAACGCCGCAGACUCGAACAACAGCGACGACAGGCUCCCAAGGCGAGCUCGUUUCCUGCGGGCGCGGCGAAGAUCGCUCGGGGGGUUAAGGAUGUGAAUAUUGAGGAAGAGGAAGCAGAUGAGGAUGAAGAGGGGUUUGUGACGGAGGAUGAGGAGGAAGAAGACGAGGCCAAGCCUGCGAAGGCGGCUGCUCCUGUUGCUGGCGACAGGGUUGCGGCUGCGCCGGCGCGGACGGCUACGGUGAAGGAAGGGUCAGAAGAAGAAGAGGAGGAAGAGGAUGAAGAGGAAGAGAGUUCGGAAGAAGAGAGCAGUUCCGAAGACGAGGCACCGCGCAGAGUGCUUUUACGACCUACGUUCAUCAAGAAAGACAAGCGCAACAACGCCCCCGCUCAAACACAGAACGGCCAAGCCGCGACAGGCACGGUGGUGGAUUCCUCAGCCGAGACAGAGGAGCGUCGGAAACAGCGACAGGAGAAAGCCGACGCUUUGAUUCGGGAACAACUGGAGAAGGACGCCAUUGCUCGGAGCGAGACGAAUCGAGCGUGGGAUGACGACGAGCUCGAAGUGGGCGAAGAAGGCGCGAUUGAUGAUACGGACGGAAAGGAUCCAGAGGCGGAGUACGCAGCGUGGAAGCUCCGAGAACUGAAGCGCAUCAAGCGCGAGCGUGAAGCGAUCGAGGCUGCGGAGAAGGAGCGUGAAGAGGUCGAGCGGCGCAGGAAUCUCACUGCCGAGGAGCGCGAUCGCGAAGAUCGCGAAUACCUCGCCAAGCAGGAGGAAGAGAAGGAGGCUACUCGAGGUCAGGCCGGAUACAUGCAGCGGUACUUCCAUAAGGGAGCGUUUUUCAGCGAGGACAUGGAGCGCGAAGGACUGGCACAGAGGAAUAUCAUGGGUGCGAAGUUUGCGGACGAUGUCUCGCGGGAGACUCUACCUCAGUACAUGCAGAUCCGUGAUAUGACGAAGCUUGGAAAGAAGGGACGCACGCGCUAUAGGGAUUUGAAGUCAGAGGACACGGGUCGCUUUGGCGAAGGGUUCCAGAACAGGUCUCGGAAUCGUGAUGGUGGAGCCCCUAUAGGCAUUACUGACGAGCGAUUCAUGCCUGACCGUGACCGUGAUGAUAGACCGAAGGGACCUACUGGGGCUAAUGCCUCUGCUGUGCGCGAGAGACGGAGGUCUAGAUCGCGAUCACGCUCGCCGCGGCGAGACCGUCGCGAUCGUUCAGCAGACCGGUAUAGGCCUGAUACGAGCAGUCGCAGGAAACGGAGCCCGUCGCCUUAUGAAGAUCGGGAGAAACGGAGGCGCGUGAGUGUUUCGCCCGAACGGUAAAAGAGAAGCAUGAAACCAGGGACAUAUGGACAUUCUAUUUCUGAACGGCGUUCGUUGGUAUCUUGGUAUGAAGGAUGGAUUGGGUCAUGGUUGAUGCAUUUCGUCCUGCAUUUAAUGUGGCCUAGGAGAAUAGACUCUACCUGCGUGUUCGUUCGGCGGACGAACAGCAACGUAAAUAUCACAUCUUGUUGUUGCACAUACAAGACACAGAUGUUCGAGCGGACUCAUCGUGUCGGCAUCAACAAUGAAUGCUGCUGCGACUGUCGUAUAUGAACCGUACCUCUUCCCACACCCAACCGACCUAACCCAUAACACCACACAUCACAAGAACCCGUUCGCAUUCUAUAAUACUGAAACAAAUCGCUGCAUAAACAAUGGCCGAUCAUACACCAUAAAGAAUAGAAUAAACAGCCGCCGCACAAGGAUAUCAUUAUAUAUCCUAUAUGUUUAUUUAACGCCGGCCCUCUCCAAGACCUU